ACUUCCUCUUUGGAAGCGCCGCCCCCUCAGCUGUCACCACACACCUCCCGUUUGUCAGCUAAAUUAUAAACUUAUUUUUCCUUCUCUUUAGCACAAUAUAGACCGAUUAUAUAAACAGGUGGGGCCGUCCAUCCGGCACGGGGGUGAAACUGUUUUUAAUGGAGUUUAAAUGAGACUAUAAAGAGGCGGUCAGAUUAGAGAUUUAGCGCCAAGUUAAAUCUACUCCUCCCUACAAGGCGCCAGCUCAGAGGAACUAGUCCGGCCUGGAUACACAUACAAAGAGCACCUUCGAGUCUUAAGAACAGGCGGUGAAAUAACGCAGUAUUGGUAUUAUUUUUUGGACGUGGAAAAGAGUGAACUUCAAGGGCAGAAUCUUGAGGUUUACUCCCAAACUGACGCCAACCCCUCAGAGUAUAAUGCGAGGAAAACGGGAAGACACAGAAGCGAAGUCUGUUGCUCCCGAGGCCCCCAAGGAAAACGCAGUACGACCGAGAAAGAGGAAGGCAGAUGUUGCCAUUUAUUUACAAGAUCUGGAUGAGGAGGUAGCAGAGAUGACAAGGAAGAAGCAGCGUGACUGUGAGCUGGUCUGGAGUCCUGAUGCUGGUUACAGAAGUCCACACAGGUGGAUCCCCACGCCUGAUCAGGAGGAGGACCAACCUGUUGCCCUGAUAAACGCAGGCUUCCCACACUACAACUUUAACAACAUAUUUGUAACCCCUGUACAUUGCGCCCCGCUCCCUGCGCUGUGCUGGGCCAGUAAGGAUGUGGUAUGGAGCAACAUGUUGGAGAAGGAUAAGACCUACACCAGGGAUGUCCACGUGAUGGAGAAGCAUCCUCAUCUGCAGCCCAAGAUGAGAGCAAUUCUCCUGGAUUGGCUCAUGGAGGUGAGUGAGGUGUACAAACUGCACAGGGAGACGUACCACCUCGCUCAGGACUACUUUGAUCGCUUCAUGGCCACACAGAGAAACGUGUUCAAAUCAACACUGCAGCUCAUAGGCAUCACUUGUCUCUUCAUUGCUGCCAAAGUAGAGGAGAUGUAUCCUCCCAAGGUCCACCAGUUUGCUUAUGUUACAGACGAGGCCUGCACUGAAGAUGAGAUUCUCAAAAUGGAAAUCAUUAUCAUGAAGGAGCUGAAGUGGAGUCUCAGCCCACAGACUCCCAUCUCCUGGCUCCAUGUUUACAUGCAAGUGGCCUACCUGAAAGAGACAGACGACUUGCUCAUCCCCAGAUACCCCCAGGCUACCUUCACACAGAUAGCAGAGUUGUUGGACCUGUGUAUGCUAGAUGUGCGUUGCCUCGAGUUUUCAAAUGGCAUCCUUGCUGCGUCAGCCCUGUUUCACUUCUCCUCUCUGGAGCUGGUGGAAAAUGUUUCAGCUCUAAAGAGGGUGGAGGUAGAGGAGUGUGUGAGGUGGAUGGUGCCAUUUGCCAUGGCACUGCGGGAGGUUGGCGGGUUGCCUAUGAAAACAUUCACAGGAAUCCCGGCAGAUGACAUGCACAACAUCCAGUCCCAUGCCCCUUAUCUUACAUGGCUGGACAAGGCCUACUCUUACCAGGAUGUGGAGUUGGAGUGUCACGGCAACUGUUCUGUCCCUUCAGGCGUCCUGACUCCACCCCUGAGCAGUGAGAAAACUGAAGAGUUGGUCCAAGUGGAUACUGCAGCGCUGAAAAUUAGACCAAGGAUGCAUGCUGCAUCUCCACAAAGGCAAAGUAGCGAAGUAACCACUGAAACUGAUAAGAUGACAGCAAAUCCUAAAUAGAUUUUUACGUUAUAGCUGUAAGAAAGAAGCAACUCCGAUGUGUUGACUCUGAACAGUGACACCUCUGCAGUACCAGUACACAUGUACAUUGGAUUUUUGGGGGGGGGGACACUGAUGGAAAUAGUAUUUUCUCAUUUCAAAGUAAUGCUGAUUACUGGGAUCCAGAUGCUUUUAAAUGUCUCUGUAGGGGGCUCUCACACUGACUUUGGAAAAAUUCGGGAAGCACUGACAAUCAGUGAAAAAAUGGUAUGAUGGCCCUAUCCCCACAGGAAUUGAACCUGUUUAACCCUCCAGUUUGGAUGAAAACACAAAGUAAAGGGCCUGUAGGGGUGGGAUGGCAAAGAGGAGAAUUUUGUUUUCUAAUAGCAUUGAUCCCUAAAUUACCAGUCACACCUACAUUUAGUGGUUGCCAUCGUCUAUCAUCAUUUUCUAUGCAAAGGAGGCCAAAUUGAGUUUUAAGGAGCGUGUGUGUGUGUGUGUGUGUGUGUGUGUGUGUGCGCGCGUGCGCGCGCGUGUGUUUGUGUUAACAGUGAUUG